GCCGAUCUGCUGGCGGCGGAAACGGAAAGCCAGCGCCGGCUGGCCAUGCAGGGGGCAAGCGGCGCUUUAAAAAAACUCUAUCGCGGCUGGCGGCAAAGGCUGCUGUUUGGCCGCGCCAUGAUAGAGGCCGAGCUUGAUUUUUCAGAUGAGGAAGGCGCGGAGGGCGGCUUUUCCGCCGCCACUCAGCAGGAUUUGCAAAAUCUGCGGCGGGAAAUUUUGCAGCAUAAUGCGCAAGCCGAUAUGGCAGAGGUUUUGCGGGACGGUCUGAAAAUUACUUUGGCCGGCGCGCCGAAUUCCGGCAAAUCCAGCUUUAUCAACAGGCUGGGCGGCCGCUCUGUCGCUAUUGUCGACAGCAAAGCGGGGACAACGC